GCCAUACCCCCCCUCAGCAUUGGGGAUCCCCUCCCUAGCAGGAUCGGCCCCGAAUCGAACGCUUCUAGAGAAGGUCCAGCAGCGUUUUGAUUCGAUCCGAGAGCGGCGCCCAGACGCUAAAACAGCAGCGGCUGCUUCCUCGUCCUUUACCUUUCCCACAACGCCACUUCUUUGGCGCACAUCAUAUUAAAAACAAAAUAGAAGCAAAGAAGAAAAAAAGGAGAGAAAGCCAAAAACCAAAAACCAAAAACCAAAACCCAUUUUUUCCCGAGGUGCAUCGCUCCCUAGCAUAGUGGAGCUUAGUGACCCUUGGCCACCAAAGCGUGCUGUUUUUUACAUUUAUUUUGGAUCUGUUAAAGCUAUGGCGCUUUCAGCAGGUCCGGGGCCGCUGGUUUCUCCAGCUUCAGCGCCAGUAGCGCCGCCAACAGCCGCACCCCAGCCAAUUCCGGCUCCAGCUAGAGCGGAUAAAUGCGCGCAACCGCUUCAGUGCACCGCCAACACCAGCUCCUGCUUCAUCACCUCGACUUUGCGCCAACCCCCAGCCGACUUCCCAGACCCAACCGUCGAGGGCUACGAGACUGAAAGCGAGGGCCCCAUCGAGCCUGUCACACCCAUCAGCCGUCGCCAGUCCCAAGAUUUCACGCUGAGGCAUGCGUAUGAUCAGGAUUCGGACGACCUUGACAGUGUCAGCUCUCAGCAGCAUUCAAACGGUAUUACAACAGCUCCGAACAAGACUGCUACCCUCCUGUCAGCUUCGUACAACACAGUAAAAGCCACAGCCUCUCCACGAGCAGCCUCUUCCUCGCUGAGUCCGGUCUCAACAGCCAGACCAAGCUCUAGCGACUUUGUCUCUCCCGCUGUAUCGGUGCCAGUUGUCUCAGUUUCAAAUCCAUAUUCAGGAACCAUACCUUCAUCUGAAUUGGUACCUACUGUCAGCAAUAGCAGCAAAUCUUUUAUCAAUCUAUCCCCUACUUCGAGCCGGCCCUCAGUCCUAGAGCCUCCCUCGCCAUCAAGUCUCUCAACCCGGCUUUCGAUCUCGAGUCUUAGAAGCACAAUGACCAACUUCUUUCGUCGUCCUGGGGCGCAGGACAACGCUAUAUUUGAUACCAGCUCUCUUACCCCUUCAGAAGCUUCCUAUCUACAGCGGCCGCCCACCGGUAGUGCCCGCCCGGCUACACGCUCAAGCCGCUUUUCUUUUACCAGGUCGUCUAAUGUCACUACCCGAUCUAAUUCGCCCACACCUCCAUCCCCAGGGACUCCUUCCAUAGAUAAACUGUCUAUUCAAGAUGAAAAUACACUCAAUGGGGAGGCCAGCCUCAAGAAGAAGAACCGUGCGUCAACCGGUUUCAGCCUGCGGGGCCGUGCAGUUGGAUUUGUUGGCACAGCAGUUGGCCGGCCUGGGAAGACGGUAUCGCGCCGUGCUAGUAGCUUUGAUGCCGGGAACCGUGGACCUCUUCCUCACCAGGGCAGCAAAGCUCCCAAUGGUCAAACGUAUCCUCCCGAGCGGCUCCCCUGGGCGAUGCCACCCGAGGCUGGCACAGGCGUCAAGGCCCGUCGCAUGAGCUUGAGCUUACCAGACGAUUUCAACGUGGAUGUUGCUGAGCUGCAGGACGAAUUCGAGUACCAGAGCAAGCUUUUGGGUCGCCAUGGCAAGCAUCUCGGAAAAGGGGCCGCCUCCAAGGUCACGCUCAUGGUGCGCAAGGGCUUCCCUGGCGAAAUGUACGCGGUUAAAGAGUUUCGUGGCAAAUCUGGCCGUGAGAGCAAGGCGGAAUACGAAAAGAAAAUCAAAUCCGAAUUCAGUAUCGGCAAGAGCUUGCACCAUCCCAAUAUUGUCGAAACUGUUCGUCUGUGCUCGGAUCAUGGACGCUGGAAUCAUGUCAUGGAAUAUUGCUCCGAGGGCGACCUGUUCAGCCUUGUGCAAAAGGGUCAUUUGAAAGGCGAUGCUAAACUUAAGGAUCGCCUCUGCCUCUUCAAGCAGCUCGUCCAGGGCGUCAACUAUCUCCACGCCAAUGGCAUUGCCCACCGUGAUAUCAAGCUCGAAAACCUGCUCAUAACGAAGGACAGCAAAUUGAAAAUCACAGACUUUGGUGUCUCUGAGGUCUUUUGUGGUACUCAUCCCGGACUGCGCGAAGCUGGUGGCCAGUGCGGUAAGAACAUGGGGGAGAUUCGGCUAUGUUCUCCAGGCAUAUGCGGUAGCGAGCCCUACAUUGCGCCCGAAGUGCUCCAGAAGAAAGGAGAUUAUGAUCCACGAGCUUUGGACGUAUGGAGCACUGCCAUUGUCAUGAUCUAUAUGACUUUUGGCGGCGCCAUUUGGUCCAAAGCCGAGGCUGGUAACCUCCACUACGACAAGCUAGUGACCGGUUGGGAGAAAUGGAACAAGAAGCACCAAGACGAUAAAGAUGCGACCAUUACAGAUACAGACUACCCCAACUGCUACGCCCUUGAUAUGGGUGUUAACCCUCCACCACUGCGGCGUAUCUUACUGCAGAUGCUUAACCCAGACCCUAACAAGCGGAUAUGCGUCUACGACGUCAUUACGAGUCGCUGGGUCAAGAAUAUCGAAUGCUGCCAGCUUGAAUCGUACGACGACCCCAAGCUCACAAUCGACGCGACUAAGAAAGAUUACGGUGCCAAGAAUGGAAGCAAAAUCUUUUGCCAUAAUCAUUUACCACCCAAGAACUAUGGCAGCCAUUCGUUGGGUAAAAUGCCAGGGCAGGCCGGCUACUAAGAGACAGCGUGCUGCUUACAAAGGUGGCCUAUCCUCCGUCGAUAUUUGUCACUGCUUUAUCCUGUACCCGACCCCUAUUUUCUUACCUCUUUCAUCUUUUAUACCUCUUUUUCCUCUAUUAUAUAAAUGCAUCGCGGAUAAUAGGCGGCGAGAAGUAGCCUUUUUCUCGUUUCAUAUUCUUACUGAUUUAAUCCUACACUUUCUUUGUUUUAACUCAUCAUGAGAUGACCUCUUUUCAUCUCGCUUUUUUUUGUGGGUUAAUACACUAUCUGGGUGGACUGCAUCAUCUUUU